AAGACACUUGAGGAGCCACCAUGCCUCACUUUGCAAACCCUCUUUUAAGAAACAUCAUUGGCAGAAAUCUAUUUGACAGCAUCAAGAGGAAGCAAUGCCUCCAAUAUUUGAAAACCCUGAGAACACUGCAAUAUGAUGGAUUUAAGACCGUGUAUUUUGGGGAAACCGACAUCCCUGAAAGUCUUGUAACUGGGGAAGAUUUCAGCGAUGGAUAUUUCAUGCAGACUCCAACGUGGUGUAUUGUGCAUGCUGGUGGUCGUCAAGGAUGGGUGCCUUGGAAAUAUCGAAUGUUCCUAAGAGAUGAGUUAUGCAUCAAACAAGAAGACAGCCUCUUUUUCGAGUUCUGUGAUGCAGCGAAGAAGGCCUACGGGAAGUGUGCCAUUGUGGUCAAAGAAAGAAGGCUUCAGGAUGAGAUGAGGCCAAAGGAAGACAAAGAGUCCGAGGCCCAGGCCCAUGUCCUAUCGGUCACUAACUUAACAAGCAUCAUAUGUUGCCCUGAGGUGGCCAAGUCCUGUGGUCACGAACUACUCUCUCUGCCUUCCUCUUACAAUUACCUGAACCCUUUAGACUCAGCCUGGUCUUCUCUGAAAUGGUUUAUCAUCAAUAACAGAAAGGAGUUUUGUUUGCAGUCCAUUGACAAUGUCUAUUCUUACCAGUAUAUACUUUUCAGCGAUUUAAUUAGCAAAGGGAUUGACAGGAUAAACCCAAGCAAAUGGAAAACACUAACUAACAAAGUCCGGAGGUGGGAAAACUACUAUCUUGGUAAAUUUUCUUAAUGGUCAUUCCUCCAACAAGUGGUGGGAUCGUGCCACAGGCAUGGUCUUUAGCAACUGCAUUGGGCUCGAUUCUGGACCACUGCAGCCAAAGAUACUCCAACAUCGACCUCACAGGGAUGCUGUGAGGACUGAGGUUGUUAAGGGUGUUGGCAAAAUGCCUUAGGUUUACCGAAUGUUUUAUUAAAGCUUGUUGGUAAAUUAGGGAUCUUGACUUCCGUCUUGUUAAGGCCACUCAGGGCUAUGUCAGUUGGAGGAUUAGAGCUAACCUAGCCUAGAGGAGCUUGGCGGUGAGCAAAGCUAAAGGUUGUGUGGUCAAAAUUUCAGUCUGAGGAACAAAGAGGACCAAGUGUGUAGUCACAAAAAAGUUGAAAUUAAGUAGCGUGCCAACCAGUUUCAGCCCACCAAUGUAAUCCACAGGGAGCCAGCUUGCCAUCAGCUGGAGAUGUGGUCCCGACGGGGGCUGAACAUGCUCUCUCCUUCCCACUGCU